AUGAAAUCACUUGUUCGAAUCCUCAUAGUUUCUCUCGUUUGGGUUUCCAGGGUCUCGCAUGCUGCAGAGAUAGAAGCCCUCUAUGCAGCUCGGCUGACCCGCUAUGAGAGCGGCGAGGUGCACCAAGGUUUAAGAUCAGCAAAAGAGGAAAGCUGGGCUGCGCGACAUGCCGCCGGCCUCGACGACCCGACGCGCUACGCAUCCUUCUCACGCGCCGCCGCCCCCGUCCCAUGCACCGAUGGCCUCGCAGCCGUAGUUCCAGGGUCCGCCAACGACACCUUUCGCUGCAGCAACAUUGACUUUUACGACUUCGUCAGCCACGCGGACCUCGGGUCGGCACAGGGACGGGGCGCAUCGUCUUGGGGCUGGACAAGUGACGAUGGGCGAGAGUUUGUGGCCAUUGCUCAGUCGGACGGCGCCGCAUUCGCCCAAGUCACUAGCGAAGGCAAGCUGCAAUAUCUGGGCAGGCUGCCGCAGACUCCCGGGUCGGAGCCUCAGAUCUGGAGGGAGAUGAAGGGGUACAAGCACUAUCUCGUCAUAGGUAGCGAGGCGGUCAACCAUGGUGUGCAGAUCUUUGACUUUGAGAAGCUACUUGACCUUGAGCCAAACAACACCAAGAUCUUUCAGCAGUCAGACUUGACUUCUCACUGGAACGAGCUCCCCACCGGUCGCUCGCACAAUGUUGUCGUCAACGAGGAGAAGGAAUACGCCGUGGCAGUCGGCGCUAUGCCGCGCAACGACUCUUGCGCUUCGGGCCUUAUAUUCAUCGACCUAAAAGAUCCCUCGCAACCUUUCUCACCCGGAUGCGCUGGCGGAGAUGGCUAUGUACACGAUGCGCAAUGCCUUGUAUACCGGGGUCCGGAUGAGAAAUACAAUGGUCGGGACAUCUGCUAUGGCUACAACGAGGACACCCUGACCAUUUACGACGUCACGGAUAAAAAUGCGACCAAGAUAAUCUCACGCACAUCCUAUGAAGGUGCAAGCUAUACGCACCAAGGAUGGGUAACUAACGCGACGUGGCAGGAAUACCUCGUUUUAGAUGACGAGCUGGAUGAGGAGGACAGCCAGUCGGGGCCCACUUCGCAGCGCAAAGCAGUGACAUAUUUCUGGGACAUCAAAUCCCUUGAGCGACCCAGACAAACUGGCGUGUUCCGCAGCAACGUCACCUCGAUCGACCACAACCAAUUCGUCGUUGGCAAAUAUGCAUUCCAAAGCAAUUACGGCGCGGGGCUGCGCGUUCUCGACAUUUCGAGUCUGCCGGAUCACCCGACGGGGGAGGCGGUCAAAGAGGUUGCCUAUUUUGACAUAUUUCCGGAAGACGACGGGCUCGAAGGUGGAGGGGAUGUGGCCUUCACUGGGACGUGGAGCAGUUAUCCAUUCUUCAAAAGCGGGUUUGUCGUUAUCAACACGAUUGAACGGGGGGCUUUUGUGUAUUUUCUCCUUACGCUAAUGGCAAUCGCCGGCUGCUUCGCUGCUGGCGCCCAUGCCAAAGCAGUUUUUGCGCAUUUUAUGGUGGGAAAUGUUGGGUCUUAUACAGUAUCCGACUGGCAAGAGGACAUACGGCUAGCAAUCGAAUCGGGCAUCGACGGCUUUGCCCUAAAUAUAGCCUCCCAGGACCCCUCGAUCCCGCCGUCCAUCCACAAUGCAUUCUUGGCCGCCGCGCCCACCGCAAACAAUUUCAAGCUAUUUUUCUCAUUCGACUACGAAGCCCAAGGUCCAUGGAGCAAAGAUGCCGUCGUGCACCUUGUAAACAAGUACAAGGCUGACCCGGCGUACCAGAAGCACCUCGACACGGGCAAGCCGCUGGUCUCAACCUUUGAGGGUGCCAAGCAGAGCGGAGACUGGAAGGACAUCAAGGCCCAGACGGGCGCAUUCUUCAUCCCGGACUGGAGCUCGCUCGGCGCCCCGGCCGCGGUCGCCACGGGGGUGGUCGACGGCCUUUUCAGCUGGGAGGCGUGGCCCAAGAGCGCCGUGGCCAUGACGACGGCGCCCGACGAGGCUUACCGUGCGGCGCUGGGCAAGGACAAGGUGUACAUGAUGCCCGUGUCGCCGUGGUUCUACACCAACCUCCCCGGCUGGGGCAAGAACUGGGUCUGGCGCGGCGACGAGCUCUGGCACGACCGCUGGGAGCAGGUGCUGGCCGUGCAGCCCGACUACGUGCAGAUCAUCACGUGGAACGACUACGGAGAGAGCCACUACAUCGGCCCCGUCAACAACAAGUGCCUCGGCCUGUUCGACUCGGGCAAGGCGCCGCUCAACUACGUCAAGGACAUGCCGCACGACGGGUGGCGCGCCUUUCUGCCGUGGGUCAUCCAGGCGUACAAGACGGGCAAGCGGCCCGCCGUGACGCCCGAGGCCGAGAAGCUGGUCAUCUGGUACCGGAAGAACCCGUCGACCGGUGGCAGCGACAGCGGCACCACGGGGAACCACAGAGGCCACGGGCAGAUCGAGGUCAAGCCCGUCGAGGUCCUGCAGGACAGGGUCUUCUUCUCGGCGCUGCUGAGCGGGCCGGCCAACGUCACGGUGACCAUCGGGGGCAAGGAGGGCAGGUCCUCGUGGGAGGAUAGGCCACAGGGGGGAGCGGGCAUCUACCACGGGAGCGUGCCGUUUGACGGGCGCGAGGGAGAGGUGGUCGUCAGCGUCAGGAGGGAGGGCAAGGUGGUCAAAGAGGUCAAGGGGGUUGCCAUAACUUCGAGAUGUGAGAGGAGCCUGGUGAACUGGAACGCCUGGGUUGGAGCUUCCUAG